AUGGCAACAACAAUCGAUCCAAAGAGUACGAAAAUUGGCUGGGUUGGGACAGGCGUGAUGGGACGCUGGAUGUGCCAACAUAUCAUGGACCUCGGGUAUUCGGCGACGAUCUACAAUCGAACCCAAGCAAAAGCACAACCACUGCUUGAUGACGGUGCCUCGUGGGCAGAUUCGCCAAGCGAAGUUGCCGCAGCGUCAGAUGUUAUCUUCAGCAUCGUCGGGUUCCCACCCGAUGUACGCGAAGUCUAUCUUGGCGAUAAUGGCAUUUUGAAAGGCACGAAGUCCGGUAGUAUCAUUGUUGACAUGACAACCACCGAGCCUUCACUAGCACAAGAGAUUUAUGAAGCAGCGAACCCACAAGGCGUCUCUUCUAUUGACGCGCCGGUUUCCGGCGGUGAUGUUGGCGCGCGGGAAGCACGGCUUUCCAUUAUGGUGGGCGGCGAUGGUGAUGCCGUUGAAACUGUUAUGCCGCUCUUUGAAGCAAUGGGGAAAAAUAUUGUGCAUCAGGGCGGUGCCGGUGCUGGACAGCACACAAAGAUGUGUAACCAAAUCACGAUUGCUGGAACGAUGGCUGGUGUUUGUGAAGCAUUGCUCUACGGCUACAAAGCAGGCUUAGACUUGGAGACGAUGCUCUCGUCGAUCAGCGGAGGCGCAGCUGCCUGUUGGUCACUUGACAACCUUGCCCCUCGCAUUCUCCAACGUAAUUUCGAUCCCGGCUUCUUUGUCGAGCACUUCAUCAAAGACAUGGGCAUCGCACUUGAUGAAGCCAAGAAGAUGAACCUUAGCCUGCCCGGACUCGCACUUGUGCAUCAACUGUAUCUCGCUGUCCAAGCCCAAGGACAUGGACGUUUAGGGACCCAAGCACUUAUGCUCGCUCUGGAGCAGAUGUCGAGUACGGAGUUGAGUUAG